AUGGGAAACUGGAUUCUUACAUUGCGCAGCAAGCAUGGGAACAUAGUGUUGGAUGAUGCAUCAACGGAGAAGAUCAAGGAGUCACCUCAAGAGGCAGCUGAGCAGAAAACAGGGAAAAAGCGCUAUGUAAAGAUCAUUCUGACGAGGAAGCAGCUCGAGUUGCUACUGCUAAAAAGUUCUGAAGGCGUUUCUUUUAAACUCCCAGAGACUUAUGGUGGUUGCAACCGUAAAUGGAAACCAUCUUUGCAGACGAUAGUAGAGUUUAAGCAAAGUCUUUGCUUCGGAACUCUCAUAAUCUCUCUCUUUAUCUAUCCCUCCCCCGAGUUAGAUCAACAAGUUAUGGAGGUUCAAGCAAGGCUAAUGGAAUACAAAUACCAUUUCAUGGUCGCAAUCACCGUGAGCGUACUUGUAUCAUCUCUCAUAUACGCAGCACCCAUAGUUCUCGACAUAUUAUCUUACUUCUGGCCUCUGUUUGCGUCAACGGCAGCCUUCUUGGCCAUAGCUAUCACCUUCGGUGGCUUUCAACAGCUUUCAGAUGAAGCAACCGGAGAAGGUAUCAUGGACUACGUCGCUGGACGGCCUGAUGAUUCUCACAAAUAUUAUUGA